AUGUUGAGGUUUUCAAUCGCAUGGUUUGCGCUACUCGUUCUGGGUGGGGAUAAGGUGACGGCGCAGUCGAGCACUACGUCGAGUGCAGUGCCGACGCAUGUGGUUUCGGUGGGCAUAGAAGGAUUGCAGUUUACGCCGACGGAAUUGAGUGCGAAUGUUAGUGAUGUGAUAGAAUUUCGAUUUUAUCCUCAAAAUCAUUCGGUUGCGAGAGCAGAAUAUGGAAGCAAUAGAGCGUGUAUUCCAUAUGAAGUGACGGGCAUCAACAAGCGAGGGUUUUGGAGUGGUUUCCAUCCGAUCAAUGUGGUUUUAAAUGAUCCUCCGAAAUUCCAAGUCGUCGUCAAUGAUACUGAUCCGAUCUUCUUUUAUUGUUCAGCUCCAGGAGCGUGCCAUGAGGAUGGAAUGAUUGGUGUGAUUAAUGCUAACUCAACUCAAACAUUCAAAAGUCAAUUGGAAUAUGCGAGGAACUCCUCGUUACAGUUUAGUCCUGGCGAAAACUUCCCCGUCGAAGCCACUUCAUCCUCAUCUUCGACUGCUCGUCCGACAUCUACUUCGUCUUCAGGCGACUCCCCCAGCACUACCACCUCCGCUUCCACAAUAAUCGUCACAGACUCUUCUACUUCAUCUCCCACUUCCUCUAAGCUAUCCCCAGGUGCUAUAGCAGGAAUAGCCAUCGGCGCAUCCGCGCUUGUCCUACUAGCCAGCGCUCUCCUCUACCUCUGCGGCCGCCAACGCACCAUCAAAGAAAUAAUCCAUCACAACUCCCGUCCCUCAAACAUGACUUCCCAUAUCCACCCCAAUCCGCACCACCCCGGUGGUCCCAAUCCCCAAUCCUAUAUCGCGCCAUCGGCAACUCUAUCUGAAACAACAUAUUACAAUAAACCUCAACAUCUUAUGACGGAAAAUGAAAUUCGCGGGCUGGGACAAUUUUCCGGCGCGGGAAGCGAAAAUCAUUCGCAUCUUUCUGAAUCGAAUAUUGAAAGUGAGGGGUAUGGACGGAGUCGCAGUCGGAGUCCGGGGGCAGAUGAAUAUGGUAUGGUCAUUCCGCCGUUGAAUUUGGGGGGAAUUGGGAAUGGGAGUGGGAGAGGAGCUGAGGGAAGAGCGAGUCCGAAUUAUCAACAAGGGAAUGUGAAUUCGGGUGGGAUUGUGAGUUUACCGAAUAGUCCUGGAAUGUCUGGAUCUUUGGGUGUGCAAAUGGGGAUGGGAGAGAGGUGGGAACGAGAAAGGGAGAGCGAGAGAUUGAGAGGACUGAGAUCCUCUCCCUCCCCGGGAAUCCCAAAUCAUUUCCACCCCCACGCUUCAUCGUCAGGACCCCAUGAAUUAGCUAAUCGUCAGGACCCCAUGAAUUAG